CGGCGGCGGCUCGCCGGAAGCGGAAGUAAGCCGGUGUUCCGGCGGAAGUGGCCGUUGUCCGGGGAGACGGAGCGCUGUGGCGGCGGCUAGUGCCGGGCCGAGGAUGUGGCGGCUGUUGCUGGUGCUGAUCUUGCUCGGUCAGGCCUUCUCUUCAGGGGUGGUGACGGAGCAGAGUGCCGGCGAGCAGCCCCACUCCCCCGGGGGCGGCUCCGUGCAGGGCGGCGGCGAGCCGGUGCGGUACCGGACUGCGGAGAUGGCGGACGCCAUGCUGGGCAGCGGGCUCCCCGCGCAGCAGGCCGUGGUGCUCUCGGUGGUGCCGGGGGAGGCGAGGGAAGGCCAGGUGUCCGACGUCGCCAAGGGGGCUUGCGAUGCGGCGGACGGAGGCGAAGGGUGCGGCGCGGGGAGCAGCCCUGAGGGUCCCCCGGGCCAGGGCCGGGAGCAGGACGGGCUGGAGACGGUGCUGCCCGCGCCCGCCGAGGAACCGAACAGCACCGACAGCGCCAAAGCUCCCAAAGUGAACUGCGAGGAGAGAAACAUCACUGGCGUCGACCGCUUCACGCUGCAGAUCCUGAACGUGUCUCAGGACCUGAUGGAGUUCUUAAACCCAAACAGCAGUGACUGUACAUUAGUCCUGUUCUAUACGCCAUGGUGCCGCUUUUCUGCCAGUCUGGCACCUCAUUUUAAUUCUUUACCUCGAGCAUUUCCAACUCUUCGCUUCCUGGCACUGGAUGCGUCUCAGCACAGCAGUUUAUCAACUAGAUUUGGAACUGUGGCUGUACCCAAUAUCCUCCUUUUCCAAGGUGCUAAACCUAUGGCUAGAUUUAAUCAUACAGACAGAACACUGGAGACACUGAAAGACUUCAUUUUUAAUCAAACAGGUAUAGAAGCUAAAAGCGACGUGGCUGUGACCGAGGCGGACUGGGAAGGUCCCCUGCCCAGCGUUCUGACAAAAGGCAUAGACUGGCUGCUUCUCUUCUCUGUGCUCUUCCUGGCUACCUUUGUCAUGUACGCUACUGUCCGAACGGAGAGCAUCCGGUGGCUCAUCCCGGGACAGGAGCACGAACACCAGGAAUAAUCUGAGAUGCUGGAAUAGGGACAGAAUUUCCUGCUUAUUGGUAAAGUGGGAAUUUGUACGGACUAGAAGUACAGAAGAAUGAACUGUUGAAUUUGGUGGUUGUAGUUUAUAAUCUUGACUGAAAAUCUGCUUUAUUUAUCAGCUACUGAAUCCGUAAAAAACAAAUUUGUGGCGAUUAAUGUGGUAAGCAAAGGAAAUACGAAAAAACAUGAACUAAAAAAGUAUUUAUUAAGCUGCUCUGACCGGCUUAUUUUUCAUGGACUUGAAUGUAAAUAGGUGAUACAGCUCGACUUUGCUCUUCUGAAGAGUUCCCUGAGUUUUGUGUAUCGAGUAAGGGUUUUUUACAGCAGGUUGGCCUGUGUGCAUGGCACUGCUCGGCGCAGCUCUGGUGGAAUCUGGGCAUCUUCUUUUACAGAUCCUGCAGGCGUAUGGACUAAAGCUCCUACGCGGAUAAACGCUACGGAAUUAGGAUGUGUUAGCCCACAUCAUACUCAGUUUUUUAGCUUGUGUAUUCCCGAAAUACAACGUUUUAAAGGAAAAUGCUGGUGAAUGGUGAUGUUGCUACAUCAGUUUGGCAGUAAAAUGAACUAUGAAGAAAAUGAUGUUUUAAAAAAAAGUGUACUUCAAAUGAGUUAUUCCCUCGUAUACCAGCAAUAACAACUCAAAAGCGUGUUGUACAGCUCUUGACAGGGUGACUGUUUCCCACCUUUGGUGCUGGUUUCCUUGCUUACGGUGCUCUUCGAGUCUUGACAGUGACAGUUCUUUAUGAGAUUCAGAAUAACUUCCAAAGCUGUCCUCAUUGUGUGUGUGUGUACACAACUUAUUUACCACAUUCUUAUGGAAUUACAUUAUAUUCGUUGUCCUUCCUUUUUUUU